AUGAUGGACUCGAGAGAUCUGGUGGUGUACCGAAUAGGGACUAGUCCGGCGCAUGAUAUAAACACUACCUCACAGAUGCUUGAUGCAAAUGGUAUUGAAGACUCAACCUUUCAAGCAGUCACUAAAGGUCCUGUACUAUUUCAGAGGAUACUUGUUCAGAGACCCGUAAAGGGUGCCAUGGACAUUGUCGGGAGACCUAUGUGGGUUGUCAACUUUAUCGUACCGAUAUUUAGAGGGUCAAAAAAGCCUAGCGUUGAUCAAAGAUCUGACUUCAUUGGCCUCAUGGCUACAUCAGUAGAGCAGUAG